GCAGAGCUGGUUGACAUUGCCCAAUUACGCCUCCGCCUGGGCUGUGCGAGAAUCGCCAAACCCCUCCGAGCCGUGUGAAAACAGCUCCUAGACUCCUACGCCCGCCGCCGAGAAAUAACUCGCGCCGCAGCCAUGGUCCGCAGACUUUUAGCGGCGAUUGCAGUGGGCGUCUCUGCGGCGUUUGCGCCGACCGUGCAACCCCAGCGACGAGUGGCGGUCGUGCCGCAGAUGGCGAACAACCCCGGCGCCCUCAAGCGCAUCAAGCAGAGCGAGCGCAACCGCGUCGCGAACGCGGCGUGGCGGUCGCGCGUCCGGACGUGGACGCGCAAGACCAAGGAGGCCGUCGACGCCGGCGACGUCGACGCCGCGAAGGAGUGCGCCCGCGUGGCGACCUCGACCAUCGACCGCGCGACGCGCCGCGGCAUCUACCACAAAAACUGGGCCGCGCGCAACAAGUCGCGCCUCAGCAAGAAGGUGAUUGGUCUGAUCCUCGAGUCGAAAGGUGGCGCGCCGAAGGCCGAGCCCGUCGAGGCCUAGGUCCCUGUAAUUAUAAACUACAACG